AGGGGACCGGGGAGGUGUGGCGUGGAGGUGUCCUCGCGCCCGCAGCCGCGACCCGGAUCUGUGAGGUUUGAGGCAAGCGAGCCGCCGCAGCGGGAACCGGGCGAAGCAGAGCGGCGGGAGCAGGAUGGCAGAGGCCGUCGGAGCCGUGGCACUGAUUGCCGCCCCGGCUCGCCGGCGCUGGCUGUGGUCGAUGCUGGCCACGGUGCUCGGGCUGUUGACAGCUAGAGUAUCAGCCCUGGAGGUGCAUACUCCUAAAGAAAUCUUUGUGGUGAACGGGACACAGGGAAAGCUGACGUGCACUUUUGACUCUAACAAUACAACUGGAUGGUUGACCACUGUCUCCUGGAGCUUCCAGCCAGACGGCACUGACAGUGCGGUGUCGUUCUUCCACUACUUACAAGGACAAGUGUACAUUGGGGAUUAUCCACCAUUUAAAGACCGAGUCACCUGGGCUGGGGACCUUGAGAAGAAAGAUGCAUCAAUCAAUAUAGACAACAUUCAGGCUGUUCACAAUGGCACCUAUAUCUGUGAUGUCAAAAACCCUCCCGACAUUGUUGUCCGGCCUGGGCACAUUAGGCUCCAUGUGGUGGAAAUAGACAACUUGCUUGUGUUCCUGGUUUGGGUGGUGGUGGGCACUGUCACUGCUGUCGUCCUUGGCCUUACUCUGCUCAUCAGCCUGGUCCUCGUGGUCCUCUACAGAAGGAAACACGCGAAGCGGAAUUACACUGGCUGCAGUACAUCAGAGCGUUUGUCACCAGUUAAGCAGGCUCCACGGAAGUGUCCCUCCGACACAGCGGGUCUGGUAAAGAGUCCGCCUUCCGCCGGAUCUCACCAGGGCCCAGUCAUCUACGCACAGUUAGACCACUCUGGUGGACAUCACAGUGGCAAGAUUAAUAAGUCGGAGUCUGUGGUGUAUGCCGACAUCCGGAAAGACUAAGAGAGCACCCCAAAGCAUAUCUGAAGCAAGAAACAAAUCCAAACUGGACUCUUGUGCAGACUAUGCCCUUAACCACGUGUGGCCUUGAGGACUCAGGCAAGGACAAGCACAUGAAUACUCAGAGAAGAAAAUGUGUAUAAAGGAUAUAUAUAUAUAUAUUCUAUUUAAUCUUUCUGAUGUGAGAGGCCAAUGUUGCAUGGGGAAGACAUGGUAUGAGACUAUGUAAAUGUAUAUGCUUUCAGAGGAAUUUCUAAUUGGAAAGUUUCAGAAACAUCCCUAUUAUACAGCGAUAUGUUUUGCCUUAUUGGAGACUCCGCAGAACCGUUAGUAGUUCCAGCAGACGUGGCCUUUUCCUCUAAGGGCUCAACCAGUCUUAGCAUUUCUUGUAGCUAAAGAUGUUCGGUGGAAGCGUAUCUCUCGCAGUAUCAGGACCACCUGUUGC